AUGGAAGCACCUUUUAGAUUAGGAAAAAAACUUAUUUAUUUACCAAAUAUUGUAUUUACUUUAUUACGAAAUCAUCGUCUUUUACCGACACAAGCUGUCUUUAAAGUCCCAAUAACAGUUAAUAAAUUUGAUGUCAGAGACUAUCUUUUUCAUUUGUAUCAGGUUCAAGUUACCCGUGUAAGAUCAAUGGUAUAUUAUCGCAAAAGAAUCCGUAGUAAAGAUUAUUUAAGGACAAUUAAAAGAACACCUGCUUUUAAGAAGGUGAUUGUUGACAUGAAAGAACCAUUUAUUUAUCCAGAUCCUCCAGAAAAUCUUGAACCAUGGAAUAAGGAAUACACAGAUCAGCUUCAAUUAUGGAGGCAAUCGAAGUUAUUUAAGAGACGGCGUACUCGAUUGGAAACAUGGAAGCACUUAAAAGAAGAAAAUGCAUCUAUGAAAUAA